AUGUCAAGUCCUUUUGAAGAAAAGGAUGUUAUAGAAAAUCAUGAUUCAUUAAACAAUGAACAGGUCGAAUUAUCGCCUAUAAAGAAAUUAAAUCUAUUAGAUAGAUUCUUGGUAUUAUGGAUAUUGCUUGCAAUGAUAAUUGGUGUUGUCAUUGGCUAUUAUGUUCCUAAUGUACAAGAGUCAUUUGAAACAGUCCAAUUUGGUUCAGUAUCGGUGCCUAUUGCCAUAGGUUUACUUAUCAUGAUGUAUCCUGUUCUCUGCAAGGUGAAAUAUGAGCAGCUUCAUAUCAUAUUAUCAAAGAAGCAGGUAUGGCUACAAAUUGCUAUAUCCAUUUUCGUAAACUGGAUCAUUGGUCCCAUCGUCAUGACUGCUCUUGCAUGGGCUUGUUUACCUGAUCUGCCUGAGCUUCGAACAGGAGUUGUUAUGGUUGGUUUAGCUAGAUGUAUCGCUAUGGUCCUCAUUUGGGUAUCCAUUGCUGAAGGUGACUCAGACUACUGCGCUAUUUUGGUUGCGAUCAAUGCGAUACUUCAAAUUGCUUUAUACUCUCCUUACGCCGUAUUAUUUAUCAACAUAGUACCCUCAUGGUUUGGCGCACCUCCAGAGAAAUCUGUCGUGGUUGAUAUUUGGGCUGUUGCUCGGUCCGUCUUGAUCUAUUUGGGUAUUCCUCUGAUUGCUGGAGUAAUUACUCGCUUUACUUUGAAAGGAUGGAAAGGCUCAGUGUGGUACGAAGAAAAAUUCAUAAAUCGAUUUGGAUCUCUGGCUCUUGUUGGUCUUUUAUAUACAAUCAUUAUCAUGUUUGCAAAUCAGGGGCACCAAAUCAUUGACCAUAUAGGCCCUGUCUGUCGUACGGCUGUACCUUUGGUUUGCUAUUUCAUCAUCAUGUUCUUUAUUCCCUUCUUCAUCCUAAAGAUCUUCUUUCCUUACAAGCAAGUCGUCACCCAGUCUUUUACAGCAAGUAGUAAUAAUUUUGAAUUGGCCAUUGCUGUUGCUAUUGGAACUUAUGGCAUACGUUCAGAACAAGCUCUGGCUGCAACCAUUGGUCCAUUGAUUGAAGUACCUGUUUUAGUUAUUAUUUCAUACAUUUGCCUUUACUUUAGGAAAAAGCUUUCUUGGAAAGAAAAGCAAAAAGACAUUGAAGUAUAAUAUUUAAUAAAAGUUGUGAUGUUUACACGCUAG